AUGAUUUGGGGAGGACUUCGGCCUAUUUUGUCUCAUGUUAUAAUUGAUUCUUGGACACUCUUUGGACUUGGAUAUGUGGUUGUGACGAAACCUUCCACUGGAAAAGCAUUUUUGCUGGUUGUGAUUGCGGCACUGUCGGUGUUCUUCACUGGCAGUUCUUUCACCAACCGAUGGAGCAUUACAUUUCCAAUGAUCCCACUGUUGGCACUUCAACUAGUGAUUCGACCCAUUGUAUAUCGAUCAGCACAAAAGAAUGGACAAAACAGGAGUCUUUGUGGAACCUACAUGGUUGGCUUACCGAGUAUUCUCUUGGUCUUGAUUGCUGCCGCUUUGGCGGUUCUGUUUCCAGCGAUCGAAUUGCCCUUGGCGUUUCCAUCCAAAUACAAUGUGGGCGUUGUGGAUGUCUUUUUGCCAGCAGAUAUAGUAUAUAAAACAGAUGCACCGGGAGUCCAUCAAGAUGCCCGAAAGAAGACAGUCGAUCACGUGACCGUAAGGAUCCUGUACCCAACAUUGGAGGAACCAAACGAUCCUGUCUAUCAGUUGAAACCAGAGACAGCAGAGCACUUUUGCUACGAGACCAUGAAGUAUGGGGCACCACCACCGUUGCGAAAAUAUGAUUGGAUGCUGCACAAUUGGAGAUUGGCCAAACUCCCUGCCACUCGAAAUGCGCCCCCAACUAUGAGCAAUAACGAACAACCAUUUCCGAUUGUUGCCUUUUCUCACGGUCUCGGUGGAAAUGCGGAAAUUUAUUCCUACCAGACUCUAUCUUUGGCAGCUAGUGGACAUGUUGUCGUAGUAGUCGAGCAUACGGAUGGAUCUGGGCCAGUAGUUUCCCGUCAGGAUGGUACUGUGCUUCUUCGGCAAACUCGAGUAGAAGAGGAUUGGCAUAAUGGUGAUCUUGAAAACUAUCGGAAAACCCGAAGAGCCAUGGUGGAAUUCCGUUCCCAAGAACUUUUGGCGGCAGUCAAUGCAAUGAAAGCGAUCAACGAACAAAACAUCCCUGCCCUAGAAUCCCUUGGUAUUGAUUUUGUUGGGAAAUUAAAUGUUGACGAGAUUCAUUACAUGGGACAUUCCUUUGGUGCAGCCACCGCAUUGUACGCUGGCCUGCAACAACGGCCAACUUCCAUUUUGGCCCAUGACCCCGUUUCUGGAUGGCUUCCCGAUCAAGUGCGGUAUACGUUGUACGAUUUGGCUCGAGUCGAGAGAGCGGCGGCAAACUAUUCGUACUACUGGGUCGACGACGAAGAAUUGGAAAAAUCUGCGGAAUACUUGGGUCCAUCCAUUCAUGACAUUCCGACGCUGAUUCUCUUUAGCCACGAAUGGCACUCGCAGGACUGGGAAGGGGCGCAGCUCUUAAUGGACAUGUCAGCAAGAAACCUGCUGGGUAAUGGAAGCACCAAAUUCCAGGUACAAGUGAUUGACGGGGCCACACACAAUGAAUUCAGUGAUACUUCCAUGAUGACUCCAACAUGGUUGGCCCGAGCGACUGGAUUGACAGGAGAACGCCCUCCAAUGGAUACCGCAUGGGACGUUCGAAAAGCUACAUGGGAAUUUUUGAAAGACCUACGGGUCAAAUAA